UCCUUGCUCUUGAUGACUUUGCUAUCGGCACCGAGGAGAAAGGGCAUCUGACAGUGAGAUCUCGCGAUUUCCGUUUACUACUGGCACUACCAAGUACCGAAAAGCUUUGAGAUCCCUGAUACAGCAGAAGCAGUGCGAAGAGUGACCGGAGUAUCUUUAGCCACUUGGUUGUGUCUGUCACGCCGUCAACAUCCAUAUCGUUGACUUCAACAAUGGCAGAAGCCGUUCUCGCAUCGUCCACUUCCGCACAUCUGGAACCUUUCCUAUUGCUGUCCAAAAAUGCAAAGGGCGCUGCUUGCGUACAACUUAUUCAAGAUGCCUUAUCGGCUCCCGGAGUGUAUGUCUUUUCAGAGCUUCUGGAAAUGCCGACGGUGCAAGAGUUAAGUCAAAAUCCCGAGCAAGAACCUUACGUGAAUCUUCUUCGUCUGUUUGCAUACGGCACGUAUCAGGAUUAUAGAGCAAACGCGGCAUCUUUACCUCCGUUGAAUGAUGCGCAAUUAAAGAAACUGAAGCAUUUGUCCAUUGUCACAUUGUCUGGCGACAACCGCACCUUAAACUACGACCUUCUUCUCCAAUAUCUCGAUAUCCCAAACGUGCGAGAACUGGAGGAUCUAAUUAUAGACGCAAUAUAUCAAGACUUAAUAAGAGGAAAGUUGGAUCAACAGAAAAAGUGUCUCGACGUAGAGUAUGCGAUGGGACGAGAUCUUCGACCGGGCCAGGCGGACAGGAUUUUGGUGGUCUUGGGUGCCUGGGCCCGGACAUCAGAAACUAUACUGACAAAUAUUGACGAGAAAAUUGGACACAUCACACAAUGGAACGCAAUGCACGCAAGAGAACAAGAGGAAUAUGAGAAGCUGAUUGAGCAGACAAAGAAAGAGGUGCGGGAAAAGGGUGCUGAGAAGCACAACCGACCCGCACCGCCAGAUUUCAGCGAUUUUGGGGAGUAUGCGGAGGAAGGAGGGCGGAAGGCCGGCAAAAGGUCCAGUAAAGGGAGAUAUGGCGGACCCAGCCGGCGAUGAUGUUCUCUCCCUUUGUUUAAACGUGGAUAAUAAAACGUGCUCCUGUUCUAUUCUGACUACUUGGAACCUACAGCUCAAAAUUGCUAGCGUGCUCUGACUAUUACGGAACUAACGUUCCGAAGCUGCGCUACCUAUGUCAGGCAGUUUCUUAAAUCUCUGGAGAAGCGGAGCUUUUCCGCCUGUUACUGUUAUUCGCGGGCCUAAUGCCUGUUGUGCUGCGUCUGUUGAUUGGGUUUUAAGUUUCAUCUUGAGAUCCAAGGCUUUAUCAAGCAGCUGUUAUAUUAAGAAUUAGAUUUAGCUCGAUCCGAGGGACUGAGGUGACAGA